GGUCUCGCCCCACCAGAGGGUGAGUCAAGCCUCGGUGCCGGUGGGGCGACUCUGAAAAUAGCCGCGGCUGCAGGCUGCAGCUCUGUCCGCCGAGGGAGGAGCGUUUCCCCCGGCCUGAGGUCAGACGGCCACUCCGGAGCGCACCCGCCGCACGUGCACACGCCCUCUCACACAGCCGAGACCAGCCAUGCCGUGGAUAUUCGGUGGUCGGGAUAAGGCCCAGGAGGAGGAGGUGCAGCGCUGGAUCGAGACGGUUACUGGUGAACAGUGGCCGGCCGGGGUCCCGUACAGCGAUUUCCUCAGGGAUGGUGAGGCACUCUGCAAACUGAUGAACUCCCUUUCGCCUGGCUGCAUCAAGCGUAUCAACACAUCAGGAUCGUCAUUCAACUACAUGGACAACAUUCAUAGCUUCCUGAGGGCCGCCGUGGCGUACGGAGUUGCGGAUGUCGACCUGUUCGAGGGCUCGGACCUGCUCGAGGGGCGCAACAUCGAGAGGGUCACGCGCGCCAUCCAGGCCGUGGCCCGGCAGGCCCACCGUCACCCGGAGUACCGCGGCCCGCUGAUGGGCCCGCGGCCCGCGCAGCCCAACGUCCGCCACUUCGACGAGCAGACGCUGGCGGCCGGCAGCGCCACGCUCACCCAGCAGACGGGCUACAACCGGGGCGCCACGCAGGCCGGCCUGAGCUUCGGUAAACCGCGCCGCAUCAUCAUCGGCAAGUGACCGGUUCUCCAGCCGGCAGGCGACGGAAGAGGAUGGAGCGAUGAUAACGAUUCCAUGCGGGCCAGUGUGGCCAGACGCGCGUCGUGAACACCUCUGCUUGAUGAUGGAUUCAUGAGACUGAGAAGAUUAAUGAAAACUGCGUUGGGAUGUUCACUAGCUAUACCUAGAAUGAAUGCAUGAGUGCUGAUGAAAAUGAUUGAAUGACGAUCAGUGAAAAUUUCACGACGCGCUUUCGAGCGUUGUUUAAUUGCGUCUUAUGCACUAUUUUCUUAUGUAACAUAUUUUCAUCUCUCUCAUUGAAAUACAGGAACUGGUGCAGCA